UUCAUUAUUUUCCUUUGUAUUGAUAUUUUUCAUUGCAAUUCAUUUAACCACGAAGUACAAUACGAACAUGAGAAUGGAGAAUUACUUAUACUGAACAGCCGUGGUCGAUUUGCAGAAAUAAUCGACGUAGACGAAACAGAAUCUAUCAAGAGAAUUCUUUGUCGGCAUGGAUUGAUAAUGAUUGCUUUCAAAGAAAAUGACAACAAACCCGACUGGAAAGAAGGUCAGAUUCUACUAGGAGGCAGAAAAUGGAACUGUACAUUGGGAAAGGAAAGACCAGCUGAAAAUGGAAUUUAUGCAAAAGUUAAGAAGUUAUUCCAUCCCACAAACACGCGUAUAGACAUUUUAACUGAAACUGUGAGUCCACUGGACAUACUUGAAGAGGCAAACAUACAUCUUCAAUACACUACGCAUGUGGAUAACAAAAAACGCCAGAAGAGAUACCUUUCUAAUAUGUUAACAGACCUACUUAACAAUGUGGACUGGCACGCAAAUGUUUCUUUGAAAGUCCACUACAAUCUAGACAAGGAGACUGACAGGGAAAAGUCAAAUAUCACUCUGCACAGAUACACAGGACUGAAGAAUUUGAUAAAAUGGGACAUGGAAGAAAAUAGCAGUUAUUCGAACCUAACAGACACUCUAGAUAAAACCUUUACUUGGGACUGCCUAUCUUGUUACAGCGUUACCCAAAUUAAUUAUGUUUUUGACCUGCUCAUAUACAAAAUCGACAACAAACCAGUGCUUAAGCAUUAUGUCUCCCAGUUAGACUCGGCAGUAAAAUUUAACGCAGACUUCAGAAUGAGAUUUUAUAAAGAGGCUACCAUAAGCAGUUCUCGUGUGUUAUGGAAUACACCCAAACAGGAACUGAUUAAUAUCACUUUGGCAAAGGCGCCAAAAUUACCACCAGUUCAACUGGUAGUCACCUCUAACAAUGUUGUCUUCGCCAAAAUCCAUGGUGCCGUAUCUCAAUAUUCCGUUGUGAACACGAGUUUUCAAGCACACGGUCAAUAUGCACUGUGUAAGUAG